AUGCAAAGUUCCAGAGGGUGCUCAUGUCGUCAUGGACAUUUUUUUACAGGUAUUCCAUCACUCAAAGAACUUUCAAAAAAUGGAAUUGCGGCGACUGGUACUCUGAGAGAGAAUAGACAACUGAAUGCCCCCUUGACCUCCAGAAAGGAAAUGAAAAAGCAACCAAGAGGAAAGUAUGAACAUACUUGCAACGAGGACAUUGUUGUUGUAAAAUGGCAUGAUAACACCGCUGUAACAGUUGCAAGUAUUAAAGUACGUACAUUACCAUGCGAAUCUGUCAGCAGGUGGAGUUCUUCUGAGAAAAAGAAAAUACUUGUUCCAAUGCCUCAACAGUUGAAAACGUAUAACAAGCACAUGGGAGGGGUUGACCUCUUCGGUCAAUCCGUUGCAAAUUACCGCAUUAGAAUCCGUUCAAAAAAAUGGUGGUGCCCCCUUUUCUCAUGGAUAAUAGGUGCUAGUGUGGUAAACGGAUGGCGUCUGUACAGAAAUCUAGGCAAUGAUAAUACAUUACUUGAUUUUACUCGACAAUGCGCACAAGAACUGUUAGAAAGCUACGGUACACUACCCUGUGGUCCUGGUAAACCUCUGACAAUCACGCAUAAAGCCAAAAAGGAACAAAGGUUUGAUCAAAAAAAUCAUUGGAUUGUGAAGUCAGAGCAAAAACACGCUCGUUGUAAAAACUGCGGUAGAAGAACAGAUUACAAGUGCGAGAAGUGUAACCAACCACUGCAUCCUGAGUGCCAUAAAAGUUAUCAUGUUGAUUCAAAUGUCUAA